GAUGGGAAUGAGCUGCCAGAUGACGUGAUCAAUACAGCGCUCCAUCGGGAUGGCGAAGAGUACUUUGAACCAUCCAUGUUGGUGGAUGUGAAGAAGGGAAAUCCUAUUGAAUUAGAAGUAAUCUUGGGUAAUUUACUGCGCGUGGCGAAAGAAUUAGGGGUUAAUACUCCAAUCCUCAGUUUUCUCUACAGUCUCUUGACUGUUGUUCAAUACCGUUUGAGAGAGGGGCAGGGUUUAUUUACUCUACCUGAGGAGCGACCCGUAUCAAAAAAAUUCUACCAUUAA